UCCUGCCUCCAUUUCAAACAGCCCGCCUCGCCGUGGCCCCACCUCUGAUCGAUGCCAUCGAGGAAUCGGCUACCGGAGUCUGGCGUUUUAGCUUCCGGGAGCGCUCUUACCCGCUUAAGCCUAGCCAGUCUUCCCAACGGUUAGCCUAGGCCUAGCCUAGGCCGAAGGCAACGACUGCCGGUUCCUCGAUUAGGGGCUUGCUCUUCAUCAUAAGGAGGCAGCUGUAGAUGUUUUUCUUUUUGGCAGAUCCAACCCUCCUUAAAUUGUAUUUGCAAGCAAAAUGGCUGCAGCAACCCAAGUAAUGAAACAGAAAAGGUCCUGUGAAGAUGAUGAAAAUGUAGAGGAGACCCAGAAGGUGAAAAAGAAAAGGAAGGUUGCUGAGAACGAUAUUUGGGAAAACCAGCAGAAAGCUAAAAUACUGAGUGAAAAGAAGAAACCCCACUUGUCUGCUGCAGUGUUUGGAGAAGAUUGUGAAAUCAGCUAUGACCAACUGUACCAAUUCCUCAAGUAUGCUGCUUUGGGAAAACGGCACGAUGCAGCUCAGCCCAGCUGGUGCCGUAUUCAUCACCGAAGGCGUUUGGCCGGUGUAGCAGUCGUGGUUCUAUGUGGCGUCAGUCAGCUCCAUUUCGACCGCUUCUACAUGCAGUUCAAGAAUCUCCGAAAGACAUUCAAACAUCGCUUCUGUCUACCACCCUCCUCGGAUGGUUUUAUGGAAAAACUUUGCGGAGCAGGAAUAAAUGACAAUCCACAGAUCAGCAGGCAAGUGACUCAGAAAGAUCCCAUAAUUCAGAAAUAUGGAGAAGAGCGUCACGGGCUCUCCAGGUAUGUUCUAACUCUGGAGGAGAUGCAUCUCAAUGAUUACCCCUUAGAAGAUGUCAGCAACUGCAGCCAUUUUGUUUGCACCCAUGGCCAGGGCCCAGUGAUGGAUAGCAGCCCCUUAUUUGGGCUGGACUGUGAAAUGUGCCUCACUGAUAAGGGAUCCGAACUCGCACGAAUCUCGGUGGUGGAUGCCAGUGGUCAGUGCAUUAUGAAUGAGCUGGUCAGGCCCAAGUUACCAAUAAGAAAUUACCUCACCAGCUACUCUGGCAUCACUGAGGAGCUGCUUUUGCCAGUCACGACGACCCUUGCCGAUGUCCAGGUCCAGUUAAAGAAGCUGCUCCCCGCCCACGCGGUUUUAGUGGGUCACUCUUUGAAUUUUGACCUCCGAGCUCUAGAAAUGGUCCAUCCGAAUGUGAUAGAUACUUCUCUCCUUUUUGCCAGGAAGGGUGGUAAAAGAUUCAAGCUGAAAUUCUUAGCAAAAGCAGUUUUAGGGAAACAAAUUCAGCCCACAGACGGAAAGGGUCAUGAUCCAACUGAAGAUGCUAAGUGUGCCCUUGAACUGGCCCAGUAUUUCAUUAACCAGGGACCCAGAAAGGUAGCAGAACUGAACCUGGAAGCAAGAUUGCAACAAGAAAGGGAGACUGGAAACAGGCAGAACUGUCCUUUGCCACACCAGGAGAAUGGAGUGAGAAAACCCACCCAAAGCCUUCUAGACAUCUUGUGCUCUGUUGGUCAAAAAACAUUUUUUCUGGGAGGACAGAGUGAAGCUGCUUCCUACAACUGUCAAAAUCAUAUUAGUUCUCUUAAUAAGCAAGUACUCCAGAGAGCCCUGGAAGAGAUUCCCAGGUCCUCCUUCAGUGUAAUUCAACUUUGUUUGGGUCUGCAGCAGGAUACACCGCACCAGGUUGCAGAAACGGUCUCAAAGAUGAGGACCAAGCUGGCAAACAUGCUUACGGUUUAUGCAGGCCCAUUUGGCAAAGACGCUUGCCUAAAGUCUCUGAAGAGAACCUUUAAGAAGUAUGGCCACGUUCUGUCAAUAAGUGCCAUUGCAGAAACGUGUGAGCCCCACAUCUGUGUUCAAUAUGAAGUCCUAGAGGCUGCCCAGCUUGCCAUGGAGAGUCUCAACGGAGAGGAAGUAGCAGGCUCCUUGAUCAAGCUUCAGAGACCCAUCACUGAGGUUACACUUGAUUGUGAGAUGCUGGUGAAAGAGUUGGAAAGGGAUGCAGACAACGAAGGUGUCCUUUACCUGUCGGGACUGGGGAAAACCCAGAGCGAGACAGACUUACGGGAAAAACUGGGUUAUCUGAAAGAUUUAAAUGCCGUUUUCGUGCCAAGGGAUCCCAGAACUGGAAAACGGAGGAAUUAUUGUUUUCUGAAAUUCCAGACACCAGAAAGUGUCCGCCGUGCUCUUAAAACCAUAGAGGAGGAGAGGGACAGAGGCAGCAAGCUGCAGAGCAGGAUGGCUCUUACCCCUGCACGCCUCCACAAGUGGUUCUGCCACGUGACUCAAAACGGUGGAAAGCUUGCUGUUUCGCAGCCACUGCUUAAAGCUCCCUUCCCGGAAAAGAAGAAGACCUUUGCUUUGGAACAAGAUUUAAAGAAAGCAAUGAAGGCAUUUGACCACAGAAUCAAAAAGCUCUACCAAGGCUUACCAGAUCACAUGCUCUGUGUCAUUCUGUUACCGGGCACAAACAGUUCGGUUUCUACCAGAUCCUACAUUAUUUGUCUCGCUGUCUGCUAUUUAACAGUUUCUGAAUCGCUCCAUGGCUUUGGCCUGCUGGGAAUCAAAGGAGACAACCCACCUCUGGAGGCUCCUAAUUGCAAUCAUAGUUUUUAACAUUCUGGUUUUGCUAAAAAGCUUUGGCAAUUUCAUUUAAAUUUCAUUUAUCUUGGAUACCAGCAGAUAUUUCCCUCCCCCCACAAUACAAUGUUUUAAAUAUUAAAAUCAGUUGAGUCAAAUGUUAAA